CCUGAGGAAGAAGCCUGGAAGAGGAAAGAAAAGGAGUCAGAAAUGGCUCUUUCUCAGGCACCGUUGACAUUCAAGGAUGUGGCCAUAGAAUUCUCUCGGGAGGAGUGGGAAUGCCUGGACCCUGAUCAGAAGGCCUUUUAUGUGGAUGUGAUGUUGGAGACCUACAGCAACCUGAUCUCCCUGGAUAUCUCUCAUAUACAUAUGAUCAAGAAAUUACAACCAGGAGCAAACAGUGAUAGAGGAGAAGUAUUCCAAACAGUGAUGUUGGAACGACAGAAAAGCCAUGAAAUGAAACAUUUUUACUUCACGGAAAUCCAGGAAGAUGACUUUGGGUGUCAGUGGAAGGAUGAUAAAAGAAAUUACAAAGGAAUGUCUGUAGCCUGUAAGGAAUAUAUAACUCACAGAAGAGAUCGACAUAGUAGGUGGAAUUCAGGAAAGAAGCCCAUUGAAAAUAGGCUUACAUUAAGCUUUCAGGAUGAAUUGCAUGUAUUUAAGAACGAUAUUUACAAAUGUAAUGAGUGUGGCAAAGCCUUUAAUCAUGGCUCAUCCCUCCGCAGACACCAGAUAAUCCAUACGGGAGAGAAGUUAUAUAAAUGUGGGUUAUGUGGCAAUGUUUUCCGUCUGAAGUCACACCUUGUAAGUCAUUGGACAACUCAUACUCGUGAGAAAACUUACAAAUGUAAUGACUGUGGCAAAAGCUUUAAUCAUGGCUCAUCCCUCCGUAGACAUCAGAUGAGCCAUACCGGAGAGAAACUGUAUCAAUGUGAAGUAUGUAGCAAAGUGUGUAGUCAGAAUUCCUCCCUUAAACGUCAUCAGAGGAUUCAUACCGGAGAGAGACCUUACCAAUGUAAUGAGUGUGGCAAAACCUUUAAUCGUGGCUCUCACCUCUCCACACAUGAGGUAAUCCAUACAGGAGUGAAAUUAUGUAAAUGUGAUGUGUGUGGCAAAGUCUUUAGUCAAAAUUCAUGCCUUAGAAUCCAUCGGAGAAUUCAUAACGGAGAGAAACCUUACAAAUGUAAUGAGUGUGGUAAGGUCUUUCGUCAAAAUUCACAUCUUGGAAGACAUCAGAGAAUUCAUACUGGGGAAAAACCUUACAAAUGUAAAGAGUGUGGCAAGGUCUUUAAUCAAUAUUCAAAUCUUGCAAGUCAUCAGAGAAUUCAUACUGGAGAGAAACCUUACAACUGUAACGUGUGUGGCAAGGUCUUCAGUCAAAAUUCAAAUCUUGUAAGUCAUCAGAGAAUUCAUACGGGAGAGAAACCCUAUAAAUGUAACGAGUGUGGCAAAUUCUUUAAUCAAAAGGCAUACCUUACAAAGCAUCAGAGAGUUCAUAAUGAAGAGAAGUCUUACAAAUGUAAUGUGUGUGGCAAGGUCUUCAAUCGAAAUUCAAAUCUUGAAAGUCAUCAGAGAAUUCAUACUGGAGAGAAACCUUACAAAUGUAAUGAGUGUGGCAGGUUCUUUUCUCAAAAGCCAAACCUUGGAAAGCAUCAGAGAGUUCAUACUGGAGAGAAAGCUUACCCAUGUAAUGAGUGUGGGAAGGUCUUCAGUCGAAAUUCACUUUUUGCAAUUCAUCAGAGAAUACAUAAUGGAGAGAAACCAUGUAAAUGUGACAUAUGUGGGAAGGUCUUCAUUCAGAAUUUACACCUUACAAUUCAUUGGAGAAUUCAUAGUGGGGAGAAGCUGAGCAAACGUCAUGAAUAUGGCAAAGAUUUUGUGCCUGCAAGCCUCACUUUCUAUCAGAUAAUCCGUAGUGGAGAGAAACCUUACAAAUGUAAUGAGUAUCUCAACGUCUUCAGUCCAAAUUCAUACCUUAAGAUCUGCCAAAUACUUUAUACUGGAGAAAGUCUUUUCAAAUAUAAUGAGUGUGGCAAAUCCUUCAGUGUUCUGUCAAGCCUAACUUACCAUCAGGUAAUCCAUACUGCUGAGAGACUUCUUUAA